GAGAGAGAGAGAGAGAGAGAGAGAGAACGGGAAAGUUUCACCCUCAGAGCAGGAGAGCGUUUGGUGGUCGCAGGUUUUUGGAGCUGCUCGAGCUUCUGGAUUAUCGGCGAAUCAUCCAGUGCGGAUUUUAAUCGGCGGUGGUGUCUGUGUUUGUGAGGUGUCAGUUGCUGGUUGCCCCUCUUCUUUCCCUUCCCACCGUUUUCCCUGUUCGGCUGUUUCUCCUCCGUUUCUGCUUCACCGUCUCCCUCCAGGAUGAAAACACACAUUAGAGGCUGAAGUGUUCGCCUGGUUGACGGAGUCGAGCGCUAAAACGUUCGAGUUCAAGGCGGUCACUUCCUGAUGAUGACAGUAAACAUGGAUGACGGUCUCCAAAAUAGGCCUGGGCCACACAGGAAUACACAAGAUGAUGAGGAGGCUCUAAACUCCAUUAUGAAGGAUCUGGCAGCGCUGCGUUGCUGUUACCAGCUCAACAGCAACAACAGCCACAAGCCCAAGAGCAGGACUCAGACCUACAGACAGGAUCUGCGAGUGAAGCUGGAGCAUGAGAGAGAGAAACGAAUCAUUCCUUUCCAGAGGCCACUGAAGUUCAAAGAACUUCUGCAAAAAGUGAUGGAAGCCUUUGGUCAGCAGAUGGACUUAUACUACACAGACAAAGAGACUUUGGUAGCUCUGAAGUGUCAGGAGGAUCUGGACCGGGCAGUCCUGAGUUUAAGCUCCAGUUCAGGAACCAAUGGCCUGCUGAGAGUCCUGCUGAAAACUCCAACUAACAACCAUUUUCUGCAAGUGAACAGCAGGGACAAGCAGAGUGAGAUGAAGUCAUCAAGGUCACUGGGAGACUUAAAGGGUUCUCUGCUCAAGGGUCCUGAACGAGUGCGCAAACACUCUACAGGUUCUCUGCACACAGGCCGCAGCUCACCCCCUCCAGGCAGUGUCCCUGAGGAGCAGCAGCAGAUCGCCCGGCAGGGCUCCUACACCAGCAUCCACAGUGAGGGAGAGUUCAUCCCAGAGAUGCUCGACCCUAACAUCAUGGAUCCAUUCGGCAGUGCUGAUGAUUCACUCUCCAGCAGCUGCAAGUCUUUGGACCAGGCGCUGGACAGUCCGCCGUUCUCCCAGAACAACCGAGACAACAAUUACCUGAACCUUAACUUUGACUAUAAAGGCCGCCAUGGGAAGCACGGGACCUUUCCCAGGCAAUUCCACAUAUCCAACCGCAGCAAGGACUAUGGUGACGGUCGGAGGACAUUUCCCCGCAGCUUCAUGCCUCAGGAGAAUCUUUUCCAGCUGGUUCCAUCCAGCCGCACACGGAGCUAUAACGGAGAGAGCACGCUGCAGUACAGUGCAGACAUGCACUCCAUCAGUUGGACCGAAAAGAGUAGUCAGCGCAGUGCUGCUAAGUCCCCCCGGGCGCCGGUAAACUGGCGUCAGGGGAAACUGCUUGGCCGCGGUGCUUUUGGGGAGGUUUACCUCUGCUACGAUGCCGAUACGGGUCGGGAACUGGCUGUCAAACAGGUGCCCUUUGACCCCGACUGCCAGGAGACCAGCAAGGAGGUGAAUGCACUUGAGUGUGAGAUUCAGCUGCUGAAGAAUCUCCGGCACGAGCGCAUCGUUCAGUACUAUGGCUGCCUGCGGGACCCCGCGCAGAGAAAGCUCUCUAUCUUUGUGGAGUUCAUGCCAGGGGGCUCUAUAAAAGACCAGCUAAAGGCGUACGGCGCUCUGACUGAGAAGGUGACCCGCAGAUACACCAGGCAGAUCCUGCAGGGCGUCUUUUACCUCCACAGCAAUAUGAUCGUACACCGUGACAUUAAAGGAGCAAACAUACUGAGGGACUCCUCCGGAAACGUGAAGCUGGGAGACUUUGGAGCCAGCAAGCGUAUUCAAACCAUCUGCAUGUCAGGCACUGGCAUAAAAUCAGUGACUGGCACCCCCUACUGGAUGAGCCCAGAAGUCAUCAACGGAGAAGGAUACGGCCGCAAAGCUGAUGUCUGGAGCGUGGCCUGCACGGUUGUGGAGAUGCUCACACAGAAGCCCCCUUGGGCUGAAUAUGAAGCCAUGGCGGCUAUUUUUAAAAUUGCCACCCAGCCCACCAAGCCCAACCUGCCGGAGGGCGUGUCUGAUGCCUGCAGGGACUUCGUGCGGCAGGUGUUUGUGGAGGAGAAGUGGCGGCCCACCGCUGAGGUGCUUCUCAGCCAUCCUUUCGUCCAGGGCGGCUUCUGAAUGUGCCGGAGGUCCAGAAGGGCUGGGGCCAGUUAAACUGACCCACUGACAAUCACCACUCUGCCUUCCAGGGUCCAGGGGAACCUGCCAAAACCUCUCCAGCCCACCCAGAACAAACUAGCCCCUCAACAGGGAGCUGCGUAUCUCAGACCGCUCUGCCCAUACACACAAGCCCCUUGCAUGCCAUGUUACACUUUGGCAUUUUGGCUGCUGUUGAAGGCCUGUGGUAUGCAAACACAUCACAGAAUCAGACUGCAGUGGUGGGAGGCCACAGAUUGUUUACAUUACACGCCCCACAUUCUUAGAGAUAAUUGGUGAGGGGUUGGAUCUCUCACUGUUGGAAAUUACACAGCAAUUGAUACAAUCAGGGAUUAGAAGCAACAUAUUUCUAAUUUUGAUUAGUUCUGAAUAGAAACUCUCUUUUUUUGCCAAGCUCCCUCUCCAGUUGAUAACUGGAACAGAAUAAAAAACUUUAUUAACAUCCUAAAAGAGCAAACUUUACAAAUAUUCUAAAAAAAAAUACAUGGCUAGAGUUUAAUGAUAAGGAAGCCAGACAGUGAGGUGUGAGGUGAGAUGAAGACCUAGAUGACAAGGUUACAUCCUUAGCAUUAGGGCAGUGAAUGUGUGGUUCCAAUGAGCACCUGAAUGCAGCAUAAUUCAGUUUACCUCCAAAGGAAUCUAGCCUGUAGGGGGCUACAGGAAAGUUUACUAAGAAAAUGAUUGAUCUAGUCAUAAAUCUAUCAGACUUAACUGCACUGAAAAAGUGAUGCAUUGCAUUUAACUGAUUAAGUGUUAUGGACUAUUAAAAUACCAUGUCAUUGGUAAAACCUGGUCUAAUCCAUAAAUUAAAUGGUGGGAAAUUAUGCAAAGUUGCAUGAUUUGUAAAGAUAAAUCCCACAAUGUAUAACCACAUCAAGAUUGCUAUUUAAAAAUAACAUUUAGAACUCUACAGGUAUGUUUGCCUUAUACAUGCAGUAUUAUUCCCCAAUACAAUAUUGUAAUAAUAUUUGAAAUCCUGAUAAAAGAUAUGGUAAUUAUUGUGAUGUUCAGGCUAAUAAGUGCAUCUUAUUUAAUUAGAAGCCAGUUGAAGCCAGAAGUAUCUGUGGGGAAAAAAUAUGUUGGCAUCAUGUAUUUCAUUCACAUGGCAGUUAUCACUAUUUCAGUGCAACAGUACAUUUCAUGAAGCUUAUUUAACUCCAAUGUUUUUCAUUUGCACUCUUUGUAGAGUUUCUAAUCCCUGGACAGAGUAUGAGGUGAUGGUUUAGAGCUGUGCUUUAGUGUUAGAAAAUCUAGUUCUUUUAAGGAGCAGUUUUUGGGGCAGAAUAGGGCUGAACUUAGUGGAAAAUAUGCAUUCUGGCAGUUGAGUGUAGGUGAAUACUUUCCAACGGAAAAAGUAUUUUUUUUUUUUUUUUAAAUAAUGGUUUUAAUAUGUCCAACCCCCCCUCUUCUAAACCAUUGAAUGUGGUGCCACUUCUUGAGAAUGAAUUUGGUGCCGUUCCUUUAGAAACCCCAGCAAUGGCCUGCGAUUUCUGGAGCGCAUCCAUACUGUAAGAUACUCCGUUGAGUAUUUUUUUUUUAAGAUUACUGUGUUUGAUGGUUAGAAUCUAACCAAAUAAGAUUGACACAGACCAGCACAUGUACAACCACCAAAGUGGUGAAUGUGUAAUCCAGAGAAAUUUGUGUGCAUUUCUUUGAGACUGCAGCGUCCUCUCAGCUAAUGAAGGUUGUGGAUGAAAAUCUUAAAUCUCUCUUUUUUUUUUUUUUUUCCCUAUAAAGUUUUUAUAGAGAAUUUUUUUUUGUUUUUAUUGAUGUUUCAAAGCACUCAUAUAUCGGUGAAAUCACUGUAAAUUUAAGUCACAUGUUUCCAUGGCAACUUUUGAACACAUGUAUCUGUACAAUUUCAAUAUGCAGGAUAAUCAGCUGAGAUUUCAAAAAGCUAUUUUUAUAAAAAUAUAUAAACAUUUUAUCCAGAUGUUUGGAGAAAAGACCAGUUUUUGUAUUAUUGUAAAUGGUUGCUUACGGCAUCCAAGCAAUAGUCUCAUAGGCUAUCGACUCGAUUGACUGGUUUGUUGACGUUGCUUUUAAGUUCAGUCAUUUACACAGAAAUACAUUGUCCACACCAACCAAAGAGAAAGUGUUUUUAAUGCAGAUGUAUGUAUUUCAUAACUGUUCUGUUGUUUAAUGAUGCAUAAGCAGUCCUAUCUAGACAUAAAGCCCUGAGGUUUUUCCCGCUUAGCAAAAUAUGGUCCAAUAUUGAGUUUUUCAGCAAAGAUUCCCUUUUGUCCAUGUUUUCCUUCUAUUAGAAAUGAUUACAUAUGUUACUGCGAUCAUUUUUCUAUAUGGAAAGACAAUAAGCAUGACUGGGUAGAUGUCCUCCAAUUUAUUGCAAAGCAAUAUCUGUAAGUGGGACGCUCAAUGUCAGCCGCAAAGAUUGCCACAAUUAGUGCCUUCUCUGAUAUUUUUUUUCAGUGAAAUUAGAUUUUUUUAAGCAUUUAAGUGUUGGAAUGUACAUGCAGUUGUCCUCAUCAAGUUGGAUCUCCAAUCCAUUCAUCAGUGGAGGCCAUGAAUGAUGCUGUAUUUUAAUGUAUAGACUUGCUAAGGUGAAUUAACAAGAAAAACGAUUGUAUUGUAAAUACAGGGUUUAUAGAAAGUCUUGGCACCCUUUAACAUUGUGUAGUUUUACAGCAUUACAGCAUAAAACGGACAUUUAAACAGGCUGUUUUUCCAUUACAGUGUACAUGCCAACUGCUAACAUUGUAAUGUAUCGAAAUAUUAUCUGCAUUUAUGCAGUUUGGAGAUUAGCUUUGAAGGAAUAUUCCAGCAUUUUUCAACCGACUCUCUGCGUGGUAUCUGUUGCAUAUGGCCUGUUAGCAUGGAUAAUGAUUUUGAAGCAUUUCCCUGGAUUUAGAAAAGAACAGAAAAUCUGUUGACUCAAAACUCAGAAAAACCCACAAGCAAGAAAAACUGCUUCCUUGCGUUAUUUGAGUUGAACAGUACAAACUAUUUAUGCGAUUUUUGUCAGAUUUUGCCCAUGGCUUCAAAUAUGUUUUUGAAACAUAUUUGUUACUUACAAACUUUCAGUUCCGAUUUGUAUCUCCUCAUUCAAAGACGUGGGAACCCCUACAAGAAUGUUUGCCAUCGGAAUUCAGCGACUGACCAAUUGACUUCUGUUACAUGUGAGUUUUAAGUCGGCAGGUUUUCCAUUUCUGUGUCUGGAAAUACUAUAGAGACGAACAGAUAUAUAUUAGGUUGAAAAACACUGGAUAAUUCCUUUCAACUUCAUGAAAAACGUCACCACAUGACCUUGAGUGAACGUGUAGACCUAUACAGACAUAGUCAGAGCUCAGGUCAAACCUGUUCUGAAUGACUUGUUAAAAUAGUCAGUCUCCGUGUUUAGCUGUAGUGAUUCUGUCUGGUACAGAAUUCAUUCAACUGCAGACCAGACAAGGAGCUUUCUGCAAAAUAAAGCAGUGAAGUUAUGAAGAAGUGGAAGGAAUCUAUGCAUCCAGAGAAGGCUGGCCUUCAGAACUAGAUGGCUAUACAAGGAAGAUUAUUGAUCAGAGGAGCCAAAUGUUGUGUGUCACAACAGAAUCAAUAAGAGUGUGCAAUUCUGAACAUUUCCUGCAGUAACAAGUAGACGCAACUUCCAGUAAGUCCAAUUCAAAGGAAAUGAAUUGACUUGAAUUGUCACUGUCGUAAUUAGACUGGGACGUGGAGCGCGUGGUUGCAUAUUACACUUUGUAAAAAGGGGGGGGAAUCUACAUUUAACAUUUUAAAGGGGUGUCUAAACUUUCUUUAAGCACUGUAGACAUUGUACUGCACUUUUUAUGAGAUGUUUUAUUAUAUUCAGAAUACUUUAGUUACAAUAUUACCAAAAUUGUAGAGCUGGAUUUUAGAACAUAACUGAGAGUAUAUGAUGAAAUAGGCCUCAGUGGUUUUUGAUAGAGGCUAAGAAUGGAAAAUUCUUUAUUGCCUUGAUGACGAAGCCUAAACACAUUUAUUCUGAAAGUGAUUUUGUACAUUUGAAUAAAUAAAUUAAAUGUGGAAAAUUG